CCUCCCAUUACAACCUCAUGCGAACACUAGGGACACAGACACACAACUCUCUCUCGCUCCCCACAUAACUGCUGUAAUUUGUUUUGUUUUCUGUGUUUUUCAGCUCAAACUGUAAAAUAUGGCAGAAGAAGAGACUGGUAUUUAUGUCAACCAGGAACAGUUCAGCUGUCCCAUCUGCAUGGACCUUCUGCGAGACCCCGUGACCAUUCCUUGUGGACACAACUACUGCUUGGACUGCAUUAAACGCUUCUGGGAACAAAAGAACCAGAGGAAAGUCUGCAGCUGUCCAGAGUGUAGACAGACCUUCUCCCCGAGACCCACUCUCAACAAAAACACACUUUUCGCUGAAGUUGUUGAGAAGUUGAGACAUACUGGAAUCCGUUCCCAAGCCAUGCCUGGUGAUAAGAUCAAUGAAGGCAUUUCAAAAGAAAAGCAGGAACUCAUCGUGUAUUGUGAGCAAGAGCUAAAGCAAUCCCAGAGAAGAUGCCAGCAAAUAAUAAGGGAGCGAGAGGAAGAGCUGCAUCUUCUGAAUCAAACCGUUGUCUUUCUCAGGAGCUCUGCCCAGUCAGCAGUGAAGGAAACAGAGAGGAUCUUCAGUGAGAUGAUUCAGUCUAUCGAGUCCUUGUGUUCUGAGCUGACAGAGAUGAUAAAUGUAAAGGAGCAAAUGGAAUUAGACGAGGCGCACGGCUUUAUGGAGAAACUGGAGCAGGAGAUCGUAGAGAUGAAGAGAAGAGAUGCCGAAUAUGACCAGCUUUCACACCUUGAUGAUAAGAGUCAGUUUCUAAAGAGUUACGAGUCACUGCGUGGUCUGCCACGGUUGGAGAUUCCUCCUGCAGUUCUGGUCAAUCCGGACUUUUCUUUUGAGAUGGUGUCGAGAAAAUUGACAGAUCUGAGUGGUGAUAUUAAAGAUCUGUGCCAGAAAAAAUCAGAGAAAUUAGCUAAGAAAGUACAAAACCUCAAAUUUAUUCCCACCCCUGAGCCCAAGGUCAGAGAGCAGUUUUUGGAAUAUUCAGGUCCCCUGACUCUAGACCUUAACACAGCUCACAGAAACCUCAGCGUUUGCACAGAGAGCGGAGAGGUGACAUUCAGCAGAACAGCUCUGUCUGUUCCUGACCACCCAGAGAGAUUUGAUAUCUAUCACCAAGUCCUGUGCAGGGAGAGCGUAUCUGGCCGCUGUUACUUCGAGGCCGAGUGGAGCGGCAAAGGUCCUGUGCAAAUAGCAGUGUGCUAUGAGGAGAUCAGCAGAAAAGGAAUAAGUGGCUUAUGUGCAUUUGGACACAAUUUCCAGUCCUGGAGUUUGGUGUGCUCUGAUGACUCUUAUGCAUUGUGGCACAGUGAAAAAGAGACCAGGAUUUCCAAAAUGCAAGCGUCUCGUAGGAUUGGCGUUUAUGUUGAUUUCCACGCUGGGAUUUUGGCAUUUUACAGCAUCACGGACACAAUGAGUUUAAUCCACAGAAUCCAAGUUACAUUUAGCCAGCCACUGUAUCCUGGCUUCAGGAUUACCACUGGGUCAAGUUUGAAACUUUGCUAUCCACUUUAA